AUGGCAGCCUGGAAUGUUCGUACUCCUUUAGAAAAUCUGAGGAGCAACCGACCGAAACGGAGGACGGCGCUAGUGGCUCGGAAACUGGCGCGAUACAAAGUGGACAUUGCCGCACUCAGCGAGACCUGGUUCUCCCAACAAGACCAACUGGAGGCGAUGGAUGCAGACUACACCUUCCUAUGGGACAGUCGUCCCAAGGUAGAGCACUGAGACGUAGGCGCCGCCUUUGCUAUACGGAACGACAUUAUAGGAUGACAACCCUGUCUGCCACAGGGCAUUAACGAUCCCCUGAUGAGUCUCCACCUGGUUCUCCGAUGACGUAAAUUUGCCGCCAUCGUCAGUAUCUACGCUCCUCCGAUGACCAGUCCUGAUGCCACAGGGGACAAAUUCUAAGAGGAGCUGCAUACUCUCCUGGCAACUGUGUCGAAGACGGAUAAGCUGAUUGUCCUUGGUGAUUUCAACGCCCGUGUCAGCAUAGACCAUGCUGCCUGGAGAGGAGUGUUGGAUCCCCAGUGUCGCGAUGACUCCAAUGAAAAUGACCUGCUCCUCCUACGGACCUGCGCAAAACACCGGCUCAUCCUGACCAACGCCUUCUUCCGUCUGCCGAUGUGAAAGAAGGCCACCUGGAUGCAUCCGCGGUCGUGACACUGGCACCUGCUGGAUUAUGUCCUCGUCUGGAGGCUGGUGACAAAGGUGAUUUCGGAUGCCGACUAGUAGGUCGAUCAUUGCCUCGUCAUCUCGAAGAUGUGGAUUCGCCUUCAGUCAUCCAGGAGACCUCAUGGUAAGCCACCCACAGGUAAGCUGAAUAUUGCUUUGUUGCCUUUGCCUGCUUACCAUCUCCAUUUCAGCAAUGAGCUAACUGAACGGCUAGCCAAUCUUCAAAUUGCUGUUGCCGUCAUCGACGAAUACGUCUCUGUGGGCACAGUCCAGUCGACCUCCCCGGCCGUCCUCGGUCGCGCACGUCGCCAAAACCAGGACUGGUUCGAUGACAAUGACGCCGCCAUCAGCAACCUGCCCGCCGAACAGAACCGAAUGCACAAAGCCUGCGUCAACUGCCCCACCGAGGACAACAAAGAGGCCUUCUACCGUAGUCGCCUCCUUGCGCAGCAGCGGCUGCAGGAGAUGCAGGACGCUUGGACAGCUUGGAAGGCAGAGGAGAUCCAAGGGUACGCAGACCGCAACGAAUGGAAUAUCUUCUUCAUCACGAUCAAAGCCGUCUACGAUCCGCCAACCAAAGGUACUGCACCUCUUCUCAGCGCCGACAGCAGUGCCCUAUUCAAUGACAAGACAAAAACUCUACAGUGA